CAGAAAUUUCGCAAGCGCAACAGCUGGCUGCUUAAAAAGGGCCUGCGAUGGCAGAAGCCCGGGCAGCUCCAGGCUCCGGCCCAGAGAGCAAGGCCGAGGACGAAGAGCGGGAGCACAAGACCAUGGAAUCUACCAUGGGUCCCUUUUUCGCCGCGCAUAUGAUCGCCCGCAAUCUGCUCAACAAGAUGUCGGACACCUUCCCGGUGGCAGGUUCGCCUUCUGCCGCGGAGGUCGAGAUCAUGGAGGCGGAGCGGCGCAAGCAGGAGGCCGCGCAGGAGGCCCAGCGCCAACGCGCCAAGAAAAAGUACAUUGAAAGCCUCGGUGUCGACGCCAACGUGCCCGCCAUCAUCCACUCGCUCCAGAAGGGCAGGAUGGACAAGAACAAGGAGAUGCAGACAUUGCUCGCCGCGGAGAGGGCCCUCGACGCGGCCGCCGACAGCUAUGCCACCGCGCAGCAGGGAUUCAACCCUUACAAGCGGCGCCGCAUUACCAGCUCGGAGCUCAUGGGAAACACCAAAUAUUAUAUGGCCAAAACGCCGGACUCGCUCCCCCCCGACCUCGGCGAGCUGUCGCUGAGCACGCGCUCGUUCAAACGGCGCAACCGGGAGGUGAGCGCCGGCAAGCGCCGCUUCGACCUCAUUAGCUCUCUCGCCUCGUACAACCUCUUGACGGCCGAGUUCGUUAAAUAUCUCCACCCCCGCGAGAUCCUAACGCUGUACUCCAUCAGCCGCGUUUUCCACGCCACCUGGAAUGCCACCGAGGACUACUUUGCCCGCAUUUUGGCCAGCCAUUUUAACCCCCAGGCCGCCGUCGCUUUCCCUUGGGAGCUGUAUAAGACCUACCUCGUGCGGAACCCUAAGGGCUAUAUCGACAUCGACUACACCCACCCCAGCUACUCCAAGGGCAUGGAUAUUCAGACCUUGACGAACUGGGACAAGGUGGUUCUGGCAAAAGGUGACGCGCCCAUUCCUGCCCAGAAAGAUCAGGCGGGAUCGUCGACAACAGCUGCCAAUAGCGCGUCGGUGGCGAAGCAGUCGGGGUUCUCCGCCGGACUGGCCUGGGUCUACAUGCUGAUGCAGCGCGAGCGCCAAACCCGUGACAUCAUGGCGUGCAUGGCUCGAAAGGGCCAUCGCCUCCCCUCGUCGACGCGUUGGAUGCUGCGCAAGCUCUGGGUGGUGCUUGAUUGCCCCAUCACCCAGGGCCGCUACGACAUGAUGAAGGCCUGGAGCAACACCGAUCUAUAUAAUCUGCAGCUGUUCCUCGUUAAACUUAGCAUGAUGUUUAGCGACCCUAUUCAUGGAGGCGGGGCAGGAGACCAGCUCAGGGACCUUAUGCUUGGCCAGCCAACCGGCCUGCGCUGUCUCUGGCAGCUGCUCCGCAGGAAGCGUUUCAGCCACGACCUUACCGAGGUUAUCACGCUGGCGCUUAUGUUUAGUUAUAAGGCCACCGAGGAAGACAUGCUGCGCGGCGAGCCGCUGAUGGGCGUGCCCGUCAAGUUCCUCGGCAUCACGCACACUGAGGGUUGGGGCCACGGCCCGGGACACAUGGUGCAGCCCAAGGAACUGGUCGCCCGAGAGAGCUUGCUCCGCGGGCUCGGCCUCGAACUCCACCUUAACAUCAUGGUGGCAUGGGGCUACCGGCUUGGGGUCGGCGGCAAACCCAUCCCGCCCACCAUCGACGAUAUCUAUAUGAGCGACGACGAAUGCGGUUCGGCGCCGACCGGCAUCGACGGCCGCGCCGGGAACGUGCCCCUGAUGGCCUCAGAUUGGAUGCCCCACCACCACAUGCGCCACGUCUUUAACACUUUGUCGCACGAGGAGCAGCUUGCUGUGCUGGCCGUUGAGGAAGAUGAACUGCUCAAGGCCCAGGCCUGGAUUCCCCAAGACGACCUGACCGACGACGAGGAGGGUUUCGGCAGUGAGGAGGACGAGGGCGGGUUCGAGGACGACUCACAUGGUCCCAAUGGCGGCAAGGGCGAGGACGACUUGGAUCUUGAUGAGGAUGAUAAGGCCAUGCUCGACGACCCCCGAGACUACUUGGAGGACGGCGAGGAUUUCGAUGACUACAACGACGACGAGGGUGAUGACGAGGAUGAUGAUGGCGGCGGCCAUGGCAAUCCUGGAUCUCAGUCGGCCGCGAGCACCGUCACUUUGCAGUUCCCUCUGGAGCCCUCCGCCGGACCUGGUGCCGGGGCCAGUGUCCCGACGUCCAACCCUUCCGGCAACAGCUUUGGUGUGCGCGGGCCCAACGGUACCUUUCUUGUGCCCCGAGGAGACCCUACCACCCGCAUCAAGUACCUGGAGCCAAAAACCGCUCCAGCAAUCUCCAGCUGCCCCUCGACUGGUCAAGCCGCUCAGCGACGGCAACAGCAUCAGCAGCAUGCGGCUCACAUUCAGGGCGGAUACGCAACCGGCUCCAUCUCGUGCGGUACCCAGACUGGCCAGGAUGAGGAUGGAAGCUACAGUCCGGCCGCCGGGCUCCCGUCAAACAUGGACACGGACCUGGACGUCUUCAUGGUCCCCUCCGUCGACACUUAUCCUGGAGACCCCAGCCUUGGACUCAACGGCAAGCCGAUCGGUCAUCUGAUCGACUUUCUUGAGGCUGCCGAGGCCGCCCAGAACUAUGCGUGCCUGGCGGAGAACCCAGACGUCAGCAUGAGCGGCAAUGAUCACUGUAGGGGCUGCGUCUGCCGCGGCUGCGAGCGCCAGGUGAUCGCGCGCCGCAUGGGGGUGGACCUGGCGCAGCUGCGGGCCGACAAGGCCAAGGCGAAGUCCUACAUCGAGAGCUUGUCGGCGAGCAACAGCAACUGGGGCCAGAGCAUGAACCUCAGCCCGCAUAUGGUUGAGCACUACAGCCAGCUGUUCACGCGCCUUGACUGCAUCCUCCGCGCGCUCGACAUGAUCCGCACCAAAGCCAAGGUCGGAUUGCGGGCCAGGAGCGACGUCAAGGCCUGGGUCUACAAUCCGGACAACCCCUUCGACCCGGCCGACGAUGCGAUCCUCCACAUCGCGGUCCAAGAGAGUAUGGCCGAUGCGCCUGGUAUCUUUGCUGCCGCAGAGCUGCACGAGCGCGAGAAGACGAGCAAGCAUCAAGCGAGUGCCACGAAGGAGUAUGGCUGUGGAAGUAGGCUCGACAGCAACCAUGAUGCCCUUCCCCGUGCGGAAGUGAAGGCUGCGGCGCCGGUCCCUGAGGGCGGUGCCGCCGCCAGCAAAGACGGUUCCGGGUCGAGCAGCGACGAUGAAGAGAGCGGCAGCGAAGCAGACAAGGUGUAGAGGAAGACGACGAAGAGGAAGUCCAAGAAGAAGCGCAAAACCUACAGGCCCUUCCGCAACGCCGUAACUAGGCGCGAGCCGCGCGUGGAGGUUCUGGACCAUCUCGGCGACGAGGAAGCAUCGCAGUUCCCGCGGGAGCACUUGCCCCAUAUCCUCAGCGACCAGACGCUCCUGCAGCCGGCCACUUACAUCUACGACUCGCUCGGCCCGGACCGGAACCCGUACAUGCUCCGUCAGUGGUGAAGAGGAGAGAAAAGAUAGGAAGAUAAACAAACGUCGUGGGCAGCUCUGGGCUGGCUUUUCUUUCUUCAUGUAGAGAUAAGGGGAAAACAAGAGGUCGGUGGUCGGAGGAGAGGGCAUCUCUUCUGGGGCUUGCUUCCCCUGCCUCACGCAAGGAAGAGAACCUCAGCCCCUCUCUUCGAAUCUUUUUUGUAUGUUCAUAGUCUUACGUUAUCACCCGCAUCUAUCUUUGUAGUGUAUUCCACUGCUGGCAAGCUUCUAGUGUUGAUUGGUAUCUGUCCCUCCGUAUCUUUCCAGGCAAGAGUGCCAUUUUCGCCUGAAGUCUCUGCC